AUAAUAUUAAUAAAAAUAAUUCCCCCCCCCCUCGCUAUUAUAUAAUUUUUUCUUCCUGCUUUUAUUGAAUACACACACAUACACACAGGAUGAAUAAAAAAAAGUCUUUGGCUGACGAUGAACCACCCAAUAGAAACGUACAACAACCUAAAGUGUGUGUUGAUUAUUUAUCUUACCAGUUUGAUGAGAUGGACCUGGCUGCUUCUUGGAGAGUGAUGACAAAACAGAAAAAAGAUAUUGUUGAUGGCAUACGACUUGAGAAUGCCUCAUGGCGUACAUGGGCUAAACAGAGAAAUAAUCUAAAGACUGUAAGCCCACAAACAUUGAACUGGUUAAAGGAUAGUGAUGUUACUUGGUUGUAUGGUCCUUUACAUACAGUCAUCAAAACAGAAGAAGAUCCAUUUUUAAAAAAACCUAAGCAGACUACAGCAGACAAAUUAGAUUUGAUGAUACCAGCCAACAGCAACCACACUCCCUUAUUAAAACCUGCUUUAAAAAAGAUAAAAGAAACAGAUAUCUUGAAGCGUGAAUUAUCAAUACCUCAUCGUAAACUAUCUAUUACAGAAGCAAACAAUAAGCUUCAUGCCAUAUCACCCGUCAUCUUGGCGAAUCAUCGUCAGCCAAGGUUAAGAUUCAAUCAUGAAGUAGAACAGUGUGUUGCCUUGGCAGAUGAGGAUCCUGAAGAUAUAUCAACAGAUGAUACAGCUAGUGAACAUGAAGAAGAAGAAGAGGAAAUAUAUACCAAGAAUGCAUCAUGUAGUAACAGCAAUUACAAGAAAAAUAGAAAAGUAUCCAUCAAGAUCAUUGCCCCUGCCAGACUCAAACGGUCUCAGUCUGAUCCCGAAACAGAAUCUUUAUCAUCCACGUCAUCUUUUAAUGAAGGUUUCAGCCCAUAUGUCACAGAUGAUGAAUAUAUCACUACUAGUCAGCCAAAUAGGCCACCUAUGGUCGCCAAAAGAUCAUCCUCCUCUAUACCCAUCUUGAAGGAAAAGGCCAAUGUAGCUGAACCAGCAUUAGUGACCAUGAAUCAAACAGCGACUGAUAUUCGAAAAGACAAUGGAUCCAGAGAUAAUAAGAAUAAUAACAACAUAUUCAAUCAUCUCGCCACAUGGGCUUCAUCUUAUCUUUGGCCACAUUCAACGAAGACGAGCCAUAAUACCGUCUAUAAAGAAAAAUAACUUUGUAAAUAGAAAUUGUAAAGCUAUAGUUUAUUUAAAUAAAAUGGAUCCAUGAUAGAAUAAAA